CGGCAACCUCUUUGAUAAGCGUAAUCUUCUUUUGGUUUUCGAAUACUUGGUGUAUACCCCCCUUUCAGCGCUCAAAACAUUCCAUUCUUGUUCCAUCAACUCUAUUGCGCAGCUCAUGGUCGCUCGACAAGCUGGUAGAACCCACACUUUUUACUUCAUACAUCCCGCCACCAAUAAGCCAAUUGCUUUUGAUCGAGCAAACCAGCCUUUACUGGAACGACGCUAUAAGCAACUAAAUGAUCCCGAUGUAUGGCAUGCAAGCCAUAGAGGUUUGUCGGACCGUGCACACAUUUUGGUACAGGAUUCUUAUUGGCCAAAUUCGGAUGCGGUGACCGUCGACUUUCAUAGAAUGUGUGUUCACGCUCCAUCAGAGGCAGGCGUUAUGGAGAAAUACAGGAUAUGCAGAGUCAAGUUGGAUUGGGACCAGGAAGAUAUGAUCAAGGCGUUACAAGAGCAGACCCCGCGUGACUCUAUGAUACGUGAGCACAGAGACAGAAUGAUGCUCAUGGAUGUUGAUAGGGAUGCUCCUAUUGAUGGCGUCAUCACACCCUCUCAAGGAUCCUCCUCCUAUCCAGCAUCGCUAGGUCUUGCCCAAGUUAACCCGGAACAAAUUUCAGCGGAGGAACGAGAAAAUGCACAAAGCCCACUUCCAAGUCGAAGGCCGAGCACCAUGUAUGGAAUCGCCAGGAGAAGAAGUAUGUUACUAGCAGCUGGACUUGGUAGUCAAGAAAGCAUGCUCAUGCAUAGGAGACAUAGCCAACAAGCUAUGACCAACGCAUCGGAUGCUGGAUCAUCCUCAUCGCCCAUGUCGAUGAUAGCUAACAACAGCACGACGCCCACGGCCGAAUCGGAACCAGUCACCUAUCGAAGUGUGAGAAUCGACGAUGAUGCUGCAGUGCAAGUACUCGUGAGUCGUAUGCGAAGAGCCCAUCAUCAAAGAAACUCGUUAGCGCAAAUGCAAAGGCAAACCCUUCGCCAAACGCCUGGCAGUAACAAUUCUAGCGUCAACAGUAGCCCCAUCAUGUCACCUAGUUUGCAGCAAACAGAAUCACCGUCUUCCACGUUAUGGCAUAGACGUCUUUCUUUGGCUGCUAGUAAUUCCUCUUCAUCUUCAUCAUUGCGUCAAUAUAUGGAUCGACGUGUGUCGUCACCCAACAAUUCCGCCAUACGCAAUAUGAUCAUGAACGAACUGGCUGCUGUUCAGCAGCAGCUUCAUACACCUCCGCUGGUGUCCAGUCCACGACUGCAUUCCGAAAAUGAACAUGUUGCCCCAAAUCAAGUUGAAGCGACCAGAACUUUGGAAGAUGUACCACCGUUUCGCCCAGGCGAAGAUUCAACGCUGAGCGAUUGAAAACUCCCCUAAAUUUAUAUUCUGAUGAUUUUCUCCAAUCCAAUCGGACGUCUUUUAUGAUCCAUAUUCUCUCCGUUCCUUUUGCGAAAGCAACCAAACUCUGGCGAUCAUCGAUACAAAAAAAAAAAAGAUAAACUACUGUACAUCCCGCCUUCCUUCUUUUAGUUUCUUUCAGCAACUGUCAAUAAUCCUCUUUAUUCCUCCUUUACGAUAAUCGCCUUUUUUCUGUAUUUGAUUUUUUUUAUACUGUCUUCGAAUUAUGAUGAAUAAUGGACAAAGGUUUUUAUUUUAGGUCUUCAUUGGUU